CGACAGAAAUGGUGAAAGGAAAACAAAUGGAAGAAGCCUUAACCAUUAAAAAUUCGGAAAUCGCAAAACAUCUCUCCCUUCCGCCUGUAAAGUUGCACUGCAGCAUGCUUGCUGAAGAUGCUAUCAAGGCUGCUGUCAAAGAUUACGAAGCGAAGCGCGCUAAGUUGGCAGAUGGUGCUGAAUCUUCUCCCGUGGAGAAGGCUUCAAGUGCUUAGCUAACUAAUGAUUGUAAAUGAUGUAAAAACUGUUAUAGCCAUAAUCGGCCCAAGAUCCGAGUUCUCUGUCCAGUUUUUAAUAUGGGAUGUCAAAUCAUAAUGAUCAUCUUAGUUUUGUUCAAACCCUUCUCUACUCCCCCCUUUCCUGGAAGUGGGAGGGAGUGUUGGACCGUUGGAUUACUGGUUAUUCAAGCCCACGUUUGAAAGUCCGUUGAUGCUGACUCCUUACAGACUGCAAUAGGAUAAUGAAUAUGGUCUUUCAAUUGAGUUAGUAAUGUUUCUGUUUAUUUGAGUCGAAUUGUCGAGUACAUUAUAUUUACAUAUUGUUCUUUUAGAUAAUUUUGUGGUAAAUUAUGGACAUAUUUGUGCA